AUGAGCCAGGGAGAUGACCACCAACCCCAAUGCUGCUUCCCACAACCCCACCUUGUCACCAUCAAACACAAACAGCAACAACAACCCAACAACAUGUCCACACCAUUGAUCUCCAAAACCCCAGCAACUUUAGAUACUGAUGCAACUGCCACUAAACCAGCAACAAGAUCACCCGUUGUUGCAGAGGCAAUCUCCAUAGCCAGAAUAGCCUUCCCGAUGAUCCUAACAGGGUUACUCCUCUACUCCCGCUCCAUGAUCUCCAUGCUCUUCCUAGGCCGACUAGGCGAGCUCAACUUAGCUGGGGGCUCGCUUGCCCUAGGCUUCGCCAACAUUACGGGCUACUCCAUCCUGUCCGGUCUUGCCAUGGGGAUGGAGCCUAUAUGUGGCCAGGCCUUUGGUGCAAAGAAACACCGCCUCCUCGGUAUCACUCUGCAACGAACGAUCCUGCUUCUGAUCCUAACUUCCUUACCCAUCACUUUCCUAUGGCUAAACAUGAAAUCAAUCCUGUUGUUCUGCGGGCAGGAUGUGGAAAUCGCAUCGAAAGCACAAUUGUACCUAAUUUACUCUGUUCCAGACCUUCUAGCCCAAUCUUUCCUCCACCCGCUGAGAAUCUACCUCAGAGCUCAAUCCAUAACCUUACCACUAACAUUCUGCGCCACGAUUUCCAUUCUCCUACACAUACCAAUCAACUACUACCUCGUCACCCACCUUAAUUUGGGGAUCAAAGGCGUCGCCUUGAGUGGGGUAUGGACCAAUUUCAACCUCGUCGCUACCCUAAUCCUCUACAUCAUCUUCUCCGGAGUCUACAAGAAGACCUGGGGUGGAUUCUCCCUCGAAUGCUUCAACGAAUGGAAGUCUCUCCUCGAUUUGGCUGUCCCUAGCUGCAUCUCCGUCUGCCUCGAGUGGUGGUGGUACGAGAUCAUGAUCCUCCUCUGCGGUUUGCUGAUAAACCCUAGAGCAACAAUCGCUUCAAUGGGGAUUCUGAUCCAGACCACUUCGCUAAUCUACAUCUUCCCGUCUUCCCUGAGCUUCAGCGUCUCGACGAGGGUGGGGAACGAAUUGGGCGCGAAUCGGCCGGGGAAGGCGAAGACGGCCGCCGUCGUGGGACUCUGUUCGAGCUUCUUCCUCGGGUUCGCGGCGCUGAGCUUUGCGAUUACCGUGAGGAAAAUCUGGGCGACGAUGUUUACGACGGACGAAGAGAUUGUGGCGUUGACGGCGAUGGUUCUGCCGGUCAUCGGGCUGUGCGAGCUGGGGAAUUGCCCGCAGACGACGGGGUGCGGGGUUCUGAGAGGGACGGCGAGGCCGAGAGUCGGGGCGAAUAUCAAUUUGGGGUGCUUUUACCUGGUCGGGACUCCGGUCGCGGUUUGGUUGGCGUUUUGGGCCGGAUUUGACUUCCAAGGAUUGUGGCUCGGCCUGCUGGCGGCCCAGGGGUCGUGUGCGUUGACUAUGUUGGUCGUUUUGGGCCGGACCGAUUGGGAGAGGGAAGCUCGGAGGGCCGAAAAGCUGACAGGCGAUUGGGCUCGUCAUCAUUAUGACGUGGAUCAGGAGGUGGAAGAUGAUAUUAAUAAGAAGGAUUUGGCAACUAAUUAUCAUAACGGUGAAAUCGAGGAGGAUUGUUUAUAUUCUUUUGGUGACAAAUUGGAUGGAAAAUACUCAAUUGUUUAA